AUGGCGGCCGCGGGUAUCGCUGUCAGUGUUUCCAUGGGGGUUAUGAAACCUGUCUUGGAAAAGCUCGCCACUCUCAUGGGCGACAAGUACAAGAAGCUCAAGGGCCUUCGGAAGGAGGUGUCCUUCCUCGUGGAAGAGCUUAGUGACAUGAAAGCCCUCCUUGAGAAGAUGGACGACGCUGCCGACGAACUCGACCCACAGGCCAAGAAAUGGAGGAAAGAUAUAAUAGACAUGUCCUAUGAUAUUGAAGAUUGCAUCGACAAAUUCAUGGACCGUGUUGGGGAUGCUAGUGACAAAAUUGGGAUCCUCAAGAAGGCUUCUGGCUUUCUAAGAACUAUCAAGGAUCGUUACCACAUAGCCAACCAGAUCAAUGACAUCAAAACUCGUGUGAUCGAAGCAAGCAAACGCCGAGAUAGGUACAAUCUCAAUGUGUGCACCUCUAGUUCUACCACAAAAGUGGCUUUUGAUCCUCGCCUGUCUGCACUAUACAAGGAUUCAACAACCCUUGUAGGCAUUGAUACCCAAAAGGAAGACCUUGUCAAAUGGGUAGAGGAUGAAGAGAAACAACUAAAGGUGAUGUCAAUAGUAGGAUUUGGAGGUUUAGGCAAGACAACACUUGCCAAUGAGGUAUAUCGUGAAGUCAAAGAGCAUUUCAAUUGCAAGGCAUUUGUGUCGGUUUCUCAGAAGCCUGACGUAUCAAAGCUACUCAGCACCGUGCUUUCAAAACUUGUGCUGUCUCCACCUCAGCCUUGCGAAGUGCAAGAGGUCAUCGACAAUCUGAGAGACUACCUGGAGGAUAAGAGGUACUUCAUUAUACUUGAUGAUUUGUGGGAAGUGAAACAUUGGGAUAUUAUUAGUUGUGCUUUUCCACGAAACAGGCAACAAAGCAGGCUUAUUGUGACUACAAGAAUUGAAGGUGUGGCUAAGGCAUGUCGCAUUGACCAUGGGUGCAUUCAUUAUAUGAAACCACUAAGUGACAUGGACUCAAGAAAGUUAUUCUUUGGGAGAAUUUUUGGCACCGAAGAUACUUGCCCUCCUCAGUUCAUAGAAGUUUCAUCUGGAAUUCUAAAGAAGUGUGGUGGUUUGCCACUUGCAAUUCUCACUAUGGCUAGCACUUUAGCAUGCCAGCCCAUAGAGAAGUGGGAGUAUAUACAAAGUUCUAUAGUCGCUGAAUCUGCAGCAAACUCCUUGGAUGACAUGAUGCAUAUCUUGGACCUGAGCUAUAAGCACCUUCCACGUCAUCUAAGAGCAUGCUUUUUGUAUGUCGGCAUUUAUCCUGAGGACUACAUUAUUCGAAGGGAUGAGCUCAUUGACUUAUGGGUGGCAGAACGUAUUGUGGUGAGCAAGUCUCCUGGGCAAGAUGUAAGGGAUGUGGCGCAGAGCUAUUUCAAUGAACUUGUCAACAGGAACAUGAUUCAACCACAAUCUUAUUACUACAAAGUACAUGAUAUGAUGCUGGAUCUAAUCAUAAAGAGGUGUAGAGAAGAUAAUUUUGUAAGUGUUGUGCACAGUGCACAUGUGGUGAUAGAACGGCAGGACAGGAUUCAUCGACUAUCAGUCAGCUUGAGUGGUGUUGCAGAUGAUGACUCGAUAUUUCAGGUGGCCACUAAUUGCUGCCGAUCACAAGUUCGUUCUCUUGUCUUGCUUGGAGCAUCAAAAUGGAUGCCUCCGCUAUUGGAGCUUAAGUCUCUCCGGGUGCUUUUCCUUGAAUUUCCCGAGCACCUGAUGAGAAUGGACCUCACAGGUGUUGGCCAAUUGUCUCAACUGAGAUACUUAAAGGUUGAAGUCAAGCCAUGGAUAUCGAAUCGUUCAGAACGUUCCAUUGUGUUACCUAGUGAAAUUUGGAGGCUACGACAUUUGGAGAGGCUGGAAAUAUGUUCCAUACACGUUUGCUUCACUCCAUCAGAUAUUGUCGACUUGCCACGCUUAUCCCAUCUCAUCUUGCCAUUUAAUACGAGGUUGCUGGAUAAUAUUAAGGGCCUCGGCAAACUCAACAGGCUGGAAGAGUUGGCCCUCGAUUGCCAGAGAGACAACUUCUUGGAGAGUAGGCCCAGAUGCACGGAUGGUGUUCCUAGGUGGAUCGGAGGUCUCCAAAAGCUCAGUUGGUUGAGUCUUGGAGUGAUGCAGAUGCCCCAGGAUGAUAUUGACAUCAUUGGUGCAGUGCCCUGUCUCAUGUCCCUCGAGCUGUGGAUCCCAGGCAUGUCUACGGGCAGGAUGGUCAUAGGUGGGACCACAGGGUUCAACGCUCUCCAUUAUUUUCAUUUCAACUGUGAUGUGGCGUCAUACCUGACAUUUGAGGACGGAGCUAUGCCUACCCUCCGAGAGCUCCUGUUGAUACUGGAUUCACAUAAAUGGGACAAGGCUACACCUCACGGUCUCCAAUACUUGGCGAGCCUCAAGAAAAUAACUGUAUUUACGGUUUUCAAUUAUAGCGACGCAGGAACAUCGAGUAACAAAGAAUCAGAGAUGUCUGAGGCUGUGGGGACGUUGGGCGACAAAGGAUCAGAGAUGUCUGAGGCUGCGUUGGUGAGCAAGGUGUUUCAGGAAGCAGCCGACGCACAUCCGAGUCACCCAGAAUUUACCUUUUACGAAGGGGUCGCGACAAGUUAUAAUAAACAGUGCUCUCGCCUGCUCGAUCGCCGUGCUACAUUGGGCGGCUGCACCCUCCCCUACUACGGCGAAGGACACUUGAUCUCGCUUCUCCAGCCUGCUGGGAGAUUGGCCGUUCCCCUGCUGUUUGCUUCCUCGGUGUCUGACACUGACAGUGUAGGGGCCGGGCCCUCCCAUCCUACCAGUCGGCGCAAUGGGCUCAGUUGUUCGUCUCAGUGGCCAUCGGUGUCCACGAUGAUACGUCUCUGUUUCAUCUCCGGUGGCGGCCUCUGA